ACACCAGCACAUCAUAUAAACGGGGUGAAGAAAGAGGAAGUGUUCGUCGUACAAGAUACAAUUACAAUAUGGCAGCAAAGAUGUUGUUAAGUCUUGAGGAUCAAGUCACAUGUCCAAUUUGUUUGCAGCAGUAUCAGGACCCUCGCAUCCUUCCCUGUCUGCACACAUACUGUAAACAUUGCCUUGAAGUCUUGCUGAAUAAAGGACCGAGACAGUUUUCCAUAGAGUGUCCAGAGUGCAGGGAGGUUGUAAAGAUUGAUGAUGUAAAUUCUCUUAAAGUCAACAUUUGGGUCAACAAAAACCUAACAACCCUUGAAUUGAGGAAUGAUACAAAGCAAACUGGUAUCAUAUGUGACAACUGUAAAAGCAAGCUAUCAGCCGAAGCUAGAUGUAUGGAUUGUGAAAAGUUCUUUUGUGAGAUUUGCUUGGCGGCGCAUGAGCGCAUUUCAAUUCUGACUGAAGAGCACCAAGUUGUGACAUUAAAAGAAAUAAAGGAAAAGGGCAUUCCCAUCAGAAACAAACCACCACUAUGUGAAAAGCACAAAGGAGAAGCAAAGAAACUCUUUUGCAAGACGUGCGAAGGCCUGAUUUGUCGUGAUUGUAUUAUCAUCGACCACAAAGAACACGACUAUAGCUUCGUUGAUGACAUCGUUGAGGAAUGUAAAGAAACAAUUAGAGGAGUGAUUGAAAAAACGAAUGGAAUGAUUGCCAAGAGUGAAGUUUAUAUAGCUGAGGUAAUAUGUAUGCGAAAUAAACUAAAGACAAAGGAAAAAGUCCUCUCCAGUUACUAG